AUGCAGUGCAGCUGUAGUUCUUCAGCAGGACACCUUUCCUCGCCUUACUGGAGUAGAACAAUGCUCUUCCCUGACUGGGCCUACAAACCAGCCUGGUCGCCGGGCUCCAGGCAGGUCCAGCUGUGGCACUUCCUGCUGGAGCUGCUGGGGCGGGGCGAGGGUGGGGCCAUUGGCUGGGGAGGGGAGUUGGGCGAGUUUAUCAUCCGGGACCCCGAGAGGCUGGCCAGGCUGUGGGGGGAGAGGAAGGGCAAACCACACAUGAACUACGACAAGCUCAGCCGGGCGCUCAGAUACUACUACAACAAACGCAUCCUGUACAAGACCAAAGGGAAAAGAUUCACCUACAAGUUCAACUUCAGCAAACUCAUCCUGGUCAACUAUCCAGGAUACCCACCACCUCCACCACCACCACCACCCCUGAGCCAUCAGCUGGUGCCGAGCGGCCCUCUUCCCUUUCCUCUCCACUCCGCCGAGAGCGCUCUGCCACUGUGUGGAGGGGUGGGCUCGCUGAUGGACAGAGCCGUCCAGUCUGUGCCUCAUCCCUUCCUGCUCCCUUGCUGCCUCCCCAAGUCCAUUCCGUCCCCGAGGGGGGCUCUCCACGGCCAUUUUCCCUACAUUUCCGCCCCUGUAUGUCCGGGGGCUGACAUGAGGGAGGCAGGCCUCCCACCCUUCCCCUCGGCCCUCCAUGUUAGUGCCGAUGGCUGGGCGAACAAGAGCCCUGCAGGGUGGGAUUUGACCCACAUCAGUCAAAGCCUGUUUAGUGGAGUGAAGCAGACUGAAAUUCAAGGAGAGGAGAGAAGAGCGGGGAACGACGCACAGAUGGGGGAAAGAGAGUGACGAAGAGGAACAAUGUACAACAGAUGGACUACUUUGCCUCCUCAAAUCUCUCAAAUGCUGCUUUUUUUUAAAGUCAUUGUACAGUAGUUUAUUAUUCACUUUAAUUAUUAAGUUGGACCAUGGUGUGUGUAAAUAUGUCUGUGUUUGUGUGUGUG